CGCGAGUAUCACGUUAUCACAUUAUCGCCCAGCCUGCACCAUCAACCCACGUGGGUUUUCGGUCUUCACCCCCCACACAGGAUCUUUCGUGGUCUUUUAUCAUCGCUCGUCUCUCCGCCCUCCGUGUUUUCUCUUCAGAACGUCUCCGGUCUACUCCUCCCUCCGUCAGUUUUAUCUGCUUCGCGCCUCAGCUAGAGGCCUGCCCUCAUGGCCAACUCCACCACCACCACGGUCAAGUCCCAGGCGGGCAUCCUGGAGGGCAGCAACCCCACCGAGUAUGACUCUUCCAACCCGAUCAUUCUCUUCAUCAUCCAAGCCAGCAUCAUCAUCGUGCUGUGCCGACUGCUGCACUGGCCGCUCAGCAAAAUCCGCCAGCCACGCGUCAUCGCCGAGGUGAUUGCCGGGGUGGUGCUGGGCCCCUCGGUGCUGGGCCGCAUCCCCGGCUUCACCGAGGCCAUCUUCCCCAAGGCCUCGCUCCCCGGGCUGAGCCUCGUCGCCAACCUGGGCCUGAUUCUGUUUUUGUUUCUCGUCGGCCUCGAAACGAACCUCAAGUUCCUGAUCAGCAACUGGCGCGUGGCCAUCAGCGUGUCGGCCGCCGGGAUGGUGCUGCCGUUUGGACUGGGCUGCGCCGUGGCGUAUGGGCUGUACCACGCCUUCCGCAGCGAAGCCGACACCGUGGAGAUCAAUUUUGGCACCUACCUGCUGUUCAUCGGCAUCGCCAUGGCUAUCACCGCCUUCCCCGUGCUCUGCCGCAUCCUCACCGAGCUGAAACUGCUCGGCACCCACGUGGGGGUGAUCGUGCUGUCGGCCGGCGUGGGCAAUGAUGUGGUCGGCUGGAUCCUGCUGGCGCUGUGCGUCGCGCUGGUCAACGCGGGCUCUGGGCUCACAGCGCUCUGGGUGCUGUUGGUCUGCGUGGGUUACGUGCUGUUCCUGGUGUUUGUCUUCCGGCCCCUGUUCCUGCGCUUCCUCGCCCACACCGGCAGCCUGCAGAAGGGGCCCAGCCAGUCGGUCGUCGCCAUCACCCUGCUGAUCGCCCUGGCCUCCGCCUUCUUCACCCAGGUCAUCGGCGUGCACGCCAUCUUCGGCGGCUUCCUGAUCGGAUUGCUGUGUCCGCACGAGGGCGGCUUCGCCAUCAAGCUGACCGAGAAGAUCGAGGAUCUGGUGGCGGCGCUGUUCCUGCCGCUGUAUUUCACCCUGAGCGGGCUGCAGACCAACCUGGGCUUGCUGGACAACGGGACCGUCUGGGGGUACGUGGUUGCCAUCAUCGCCAUCGCCUUCAUCGCCAAAGUGACGGGCGGGGCGUUGGCGUCGCGGGUGAACGGGCUGCUCUGGCGCGAGAGCUUCUCCAUUGGCGUGUUGAUGAGUUGUAAGGGGUUGGUCGAGUUGAUUGUUCUGAACAUCGGUCUCCAGGCCAAAAUCCUCAGCACUCGCACCUUCACCAUGUUCGUCGUCAUGGCGCUGGUCACCACCUUCGCAACCACCCCACUCACCGUCGCCCUCUACCCCAAAUGGUACCAGAUCAAAGUCGACCGAUGGCGUCGCGGGGAGAUCGACUGGACGACGGGUCAACCCCCCUUGCCGUCCGACAGUCGCGUCGACAGCAUCGCCGCCGCCAAAGAAACCUCAUCCCACCAUCAACCCACCACCACUACCACCACCAUCCCCGACCACGACGAAACUCUCCACCCAACCCACCCCUACGUCCGCAACCUCCUGGUCUACCUUCGCCUCGACGGCUUAUCGGGGCUCUGCACCCUGGCCGGCCUCCUCGCACCCUCCACCCCCAACACCCAAACCAAGCCUCGCACCCACCCCGACAACCUCCCCCCGACCACCCCCUCCGACCCCGACAAAGCCGACGAAUCCGCUCCCCCGGACCCGGACCCCAACAUGACCUCUCCGGACGACUCCACCACCCCCGACAACCUCCAAGUCCACGGCGUGCGCCUCCUCGAGCUCACCGACCGCGACUCCAGCGUCAUGCAAGUGGCCGAGAUCGAGCAAUACACCCUCUCCGACCCGGUGGUCAACACCUUCCGCGCGUUCGGGCAGUGGCACGACCUGUCGAUCGUGGCGGGGGUCUCGGUGGUGCCGGAGCACUCCUUCGCGGACACGGUGGUGGGGAUGGCGCGCGAAGAGCGGGCGGAUUUGGUCCUGGUGCCGUGGAGCGAGACGGGGGCGAUGGGCGAGCAGUACCAUUUGCAUUCGCCGGUCGAGGAGGGGGUGCGGUUUCUGGAUGGACAGCCGUAUGCGGGGUUCGUGGAGAGUGUCUUGCAGGGCGCUGCGACGGGGCAUGCCAAUGUAGGGGUGUUGGUGGAGCGGAAUGCGUAUGUUGCCACGGCCGCUACGACGACGACUACUACUACAGCUACCAUAGCGACGGCUGCAGCGACGGGCGUGCAGCGUGGGCAGGACGGGAAGAGCGUGGUGCGCCAUCGGCCCUCGCUCGGGGCGAUGAGCGUGCAGCGCAGUGGGGUCGGGGGAUGGAAGAAUGGGCGCGCGGCCAAGGCGCAGCAUAUCGUCGUGCCGUUUCUCGGGGGCAAGGACGAUCGGUUGGCGGUGCGGUUUGUGUGUCAGCUGGCGCGAUGCGAGUUGGUCACGGUCUCGGUGCUGCAUUUGGAGGUACCGGCCACCGCCGCGGGGAGGAUGAGGAUGCAGGGGAAGAAGACGACAGGCGGACGUGCGGAGGGGUGGUGGGAGGAGUGCCUCGUCUCGGAUAGUAGGUUCUUGUCGAUGAUGAAGGAGUCGCUGGGAGAGGAGGUGUUGGAUCGCGUGGUCUUCAAGAAGACCACCAUCAAAACAGACGAAGAAGAGGGCGUCGCCAUCCUGGUCGAGCAGGUUAAGACGGAGAUGGUGCGGUCGCAUCACCAGGCGGGCAAUUUGGUGGUGGUGGGCAGGAGACAGCCGGCCUUGGAGGCGCUGGUCGCCUCGCAGUCGGCGAAUAGCAUCGCCUCAGCGCAGGAUGAGGUCGGGGCGGAGGCUGCGCGCGUACUGGGCGUGCUGGGCCAGAUCCUCGUCAAGAAGGAGAACCGCAUCGUGGGCAAUGUGCUGGUCAUGCAGAGUAAAUAAUCGAUACCCCCCCCCCCCCCCC